AUGAGUCAUCGCGCCGCGCCUCCUCCAGCGCACUUGCAGGCAAAUACCGAGAAGAUCCAAUGGCGUCUCGUCGAAGUGUUUACCCGCAUGUGGGAUCUAGGGUUCACUGCCUUUGGAGGGCCGCCUGUGCAUUUCCAGAUUCUGCAUCGCAGGUUUGUGGAGGGAGUGGGGUUUCAGGGUGGGAGUAAGUGGUUGGAUGAACAGACUUAUCAAGAACUCUUCGCAAUCUGCCAAGCACUCCCCGGCCCCGCGUCUACCAAGAUGUGCUUCUGCAUUGCCCUCCUCCACGCGGGUAUAGUCUCCGCCGUCUUCGCCUUCCUCCUCUGGAGUCUCCCCGGCGCAAUCGGCAUGUACGGUCUCUCACUCGGCGUGCAAAAGAUGCCCGAACGCCUCCCACCCAUCGUGUAUGCCCUGCUCUCCGGUCUCAACGCCAGUACCGUCGGUAUUGUCGCACUAGCUGCUGUUCAACUAGCUGAAAAGGCUAUUAAAGACCGUGUAACACGUAUCCUGGUGAUCUUCGGUGCGUGUGCGGGACUGUGUUAUAAUGCGCUUUGGUUCUUCCCCGUGUUGAUUGUUAUCGGUGGACUCACGACGGUGGUAUGGGAUGUCUGGCUUGGGCGGCGCGUGGGUAAGAUGAGAGCUGCGUAUCUGGCUAAGAGGAGGAGAGCGAGGAAUGAACAAGGUGAUGCGGAAGAAGUUUCGGCUACCACGCAGACCAUACCUAUUGAACUUCAGCGACCGGAAGCUGUGAAGAGGAGGGUUGGGACGGGUAGCUCGACUGAUCGUAUUGUGCCUGAGCAGGAAGAGGCAGGGAGGAGUCAUGCAGGUGAACAUCCAGUUGUUGAUGAUGUGAUUGCGACGAAUGAGCCUGUAGCUGAUGUUAAGACGCAUAACAUCUCGGUCAAGGUUGGCAUGUCGCUUAUCGUGGGAUUCCUUAUCUCAUUCAUCGUCGUUAUGGUCAUCCGUGGAACGGUAUCCAGCACCCGGUCCUUCGAUGUUUUCUCCAACAUGUAUCUAGCCGGCACCAUAAUCUUCGGCGGCGGGCCCGUAGUGAUCCCCCUCCUCCGCUCCUACGUCGUAGACCCAGGCUGGGUAUCGCCCCGAGACUUUCUCCUGGGCCUCGCCAUCAUCCAAGCCUUCCCCGGCCCCAAUUUCAACUUCGCGGUUUACCUUGGCGCUUUGGCCAUCGCCUCAGCUCCUGCUUCUACACCGACCAUCGUGGGCGCCCUCCUUGGUUUCAUUGGCAUCUUCUUCCCUGGCAUUGUGCUCGCAGUCGGUGUGCAGUCUAUCUGGCAGGUUAUGCGCACCAAGGCUUGGGUGGCUAGUCUGCUAAGAGGUAUCAACGCGACUGCUGUGGGACUGGUGUUCACGGCUGUGUAUAGACUUUGGGAGAUUGGUUAUCUGACGCCGGAGAGCAGUGAUGGGAGGAGUUUGGCAGAUGAGCCGUGGUGGGUGGUUGUUGCUGCUAUGGCAUAUGCGGAGACGGCUUGGUUUGGUGUGCCGCCUGCCAUAGCGAUUAUCAUCGGCGCUGUUCUGGGACUGGGAUGGUAUGGGGCAGUCGGCCAUUAA